AGCCGUGUCGGGCCCCAGGUCGUGAGCGCGCGGUCCCGCCCCCUCACUUCACGACCUCCCUGUGAUUAUUGCAGCACCUUGUCGCUGGCCCGCAGCGCGGAUGGGGCGACGCUUCUCUGCUGCCGGAGGCGCACGCCUGCCCCUGCUCGUGGCCCUCGCCGGCUGGGCCGCCGGCGUGGCAGAGGCCGCCGCGGCGCGGGAGGGCCGGCGGGAGCGGCGCCAGGCGCUGCGGGCCGAGGCCGCGGAGGCGGAGCGGCAGAAGUGGUGGCCCUUCACGGCCUCGGAGGAGACGACCCCGAGGCCCGCGGGGCCGCCGCCGCAGAAGCCCGUGCGGCGCAUCGAGGAGGUGAAGAAGGUCGUGCUCACGAGCGCCGCCUUCCGCCACAAGACCGCGGCACUCUGCGGUGAUGCCAAGGCG